AUGACAAUCACAGACUCCCUGGAACCGCCGGGCUGGGCGCGGCAGGCGGAGCAUCCUCGCCUCUUCCAAGACCUCAUGUUCUCUGCACUGUCCUCCGAGCUGCCCAGUGAGGACGUGCCCAGGGCCGUGACCCAGACAGCAGAGCAGACCGUGCCCCGGGAGCCCGCAGCUCCAGCUCCCAGCCCUUCUGGUCGGGCGGGUCCAUCUUUGGAGCGAGAGGAACAGGAGUGUGUCCUCCUGACACACUCAGGCCAGGACGGACCCAUCCAGGACGGAGCCCGGACGCGGCUCUUUCCAACCAGACUGGCCCAGGGAGGUGAGGCCCCGCUUGUCAAGGCACCACCAGGUACAGAUCACAGCAAACAUGACGAGCACCAGGAGGCAGGCGCUUCACUGAGCACUGCUCUGGUCCCCCCUGGGCAUUCACACAGCAGCCACCUGCUCCUCGGGCCUCCCUGGGCUCCAGAGCUCCCUCCUGCUCCCACAGCCUCCUCCCCCAGCCUCCUCCAGGGCCUUCUCCCCACUAGCUCAAGCCGCCUUCUCACCAGCCAGCAGAGAGGCCCUCCUCCAGCUCCUGCAGAAAACCUCAGGCUCACGCACCGUGUCGAGCCGGCUUCCCGCCCUGGCUCAGGAGAGCGUGUGCAUCUGUCCACCACCCAUCAGCACAUCAGAGUGCCUGCAACCCUCCAAGUGGGCAAGAACCACGGGGCUGGCGAGGGGGACUUGGCAAGCCCUCGGGGGCUCUUCUUGAGAGGAGGUGCCGUGUGCUGUCCAGCCCUGGGAAGCAGCAGGUGGAGGACGUUUCUGCUGGCCUGUGCAUCGAAGCCUCUCGCAGCCCAUCCCCAGAACGCAGGUGCAGUCGCAGGGCAGGGGGCUUCCGGAGCUCCUGGAGCUGAGCAGGACGGUCACCACCACCCCAUCCACGGACGUGGGCCGUGGAGAGCUGCCCCGCGCGGACCUGCGGGCGAGUCCCUGAGCCCUCCCCUGCACCAGCGUGGCCCUCAGCAGUUCCGCAGACGUGAGCUCAUUCAGCCUGCUCAACACUGCCAGCUGUGAGCGCCUCCUGUUUGACC